AUGGCUUGCGCAAACGGUUCCACGCCGUUGCUCCUGCCCUGGGCGAACAACUCGGUCUCCGCAGACGGCACCGUCCUCUCCAGGGGCAUUUCGUUCGCUAUUGGAACACCUCCACAACCAUUUUCCUUAACGCCAUCAACUCUCUCCGACAAUCUCUUCAUCAACAAUGCAGCGGAAUGCGUGGCGGCUACGAACACUAGCUGCAUCGGUCAGCUCGGUGGUAUCUAUGACAGUGCAGCUUCUACUUCGUUCACGGAGGUGGACUACGCGACAUGGAGAGGCAGCAGAGACUCCGUGGAUUUAGCAUCCGCCAGCUCUUACAUCUUCUUUGAUGAUGCCGCGGCGUUUGGUCUCAAACCUGACGCGAACAAGUUUGCAACUUUUCCUAUGUAUACCAAUGGGUCUACCGACACGAGCGCAGACGCGUUCAUGAGGAAUGAGCCAGUCUAUCGAGCGACUCUACCUUUGGGGAUGGACUCCAGCUUUCUGAACUUUCUCGUCGACGCAGGACAAGCUUCUUCUCGGACAUUUGGAUUAUGGGUUGGAUCAGAAUCGGAAGAAGCACCUCAAGACGGUCUGAUCGUAGUCGGAGGUUACGACGAAAGUCGCCUCAAGAGUGCCGCAACCACGUUUCCUAUGUUUUCAGACUGUCCAACAUGCGCCAUACUAACAGCCAUCACGUACGAUGUUGGUGGUAAGAGCACCACGUUGUUCGCAGACGCGACGGAUACCCUCGUCGUGCAUCUAGAUCCCUUCUCUUCAGACCUGAAACUUCCAGCUGCGAUGCUGCAGAAUCUGGCCGCUGCAGAGACUACUGCCGUCUGGAACGAGACUUCGCGGCACUUCGAACUUCCUACAGAUCCAGCUCCGGCAGGUACCAUCACCAUCACGCUAUCCGACAUGGGCACUCCUGGUGGUGAUGCAUCGAAGCCUUCAGUUGCUUCAUACAAGUCGGUCAUCCCAGCGACUGAGCUAUACAGCCGACCGCGGGCAUACAACGCCGCAGGGCUGUUCGAAGUGGACAAUGCCACAGUAUUCAACAUGGCGGUGACCAACCAAACUCAGCAGACCGGUUCGGUGACUAUUGGCACUCUAGGCCUUCCUUUUUUCACGCAGAACUACCUCAUCGUCGACCCCGAUGCGCAAAACUUCCAGCUCGCGCCUGCAGUGGUUGCGCCGGCCGACCCCAAAGGCGCAGAUGCGAAGGUAAAGCAAGUGUGUCGCGUCUUGCCUGGCGCAAAGCAAAAGUCGCAAGUCGCAGCUAUAGCUGGAGGAGUUGUCGGCUCAAUCGUCGGUACACUUCUAAUCGUCGGAUUAGUCUUGUGGCUGCGCAAGCGCAGGAACAACGCAAACAACCAACGGCAUUCUCGCGGUGAAAGCGACACACCAACGGCGACAUCUCAGAACCCGAUCGUUCGGCGUAUGCCUGACCAUGAGUCAUUGGAUAGCAGCUCUCUUGAACUGCCGCGCCAGGCUCCUCCACCCUCUGCCAUGGUGCUUAGUGAUGGCACCGCGUUCCCAUCUCCAAUUUCUGGUCGCUCGAAGAGCACUCGCAGCGGUAAACACGAGGAUCCGAGGAGAGGCUUGGUCCACGAUAACUUCAAAAAGGUCGAUGAGGAAAACGACGGGAGGCUGUUGGAUGAAAGGCCUAUGGGAUUGAGCGAGACGAUCCAUUCGCGUGGGACAUUGCCGAGGUUGGCCGCCGAGCAUACGGUCGAAUGA